GCCGCCCAACCCCCGCGCCCUCUUUUCAUCUUGGAUGCUGUCUAUAAAUCGGGAACGCGCAUAUCCAGAGCAGAAAUUGCGACUAUUUUGGAUUUAUAAAAAGUUUUGAAAAUGAACCAUUUGGCCCGAGGGCCGAGGCCCUGUGUCUCCCUGCGUUGUUGCCUGGCCAACAAGUCGACCAUUCGUCACACGAGGCAGCGCCCCAGUUCAUCGCCACCCACCAGCAGUGUCAUCUGCAUCCUCCUCGCCAGCAACCGGAGCACCUGUCCCAUCCGCUCGAGCAACUCCUCCGCCGGCUGCACGUUCCUAGGCACUACUGGUAGUACUUUGGGCCGCCCGCGCAGUGCGGCCGCCCGAUCGUUUGCGUCUGCAUGGAGUCAAUGAGACGUAACGAGGCGAACACUAGCCACCACCCGAAUAAGGUGGCCCUGAAUAGCAGCAACGUAGCAACGGAAAGCAAUAUUAAGAAUAAUAAAUUGUUAGCUAAUUUAAGUGCGGCAGGAGCAGCUACAGCUACAACGGCAACAACAGGAACAGCAGCAACAACAACAACGACGGCGACAACGGCGAAUCAAGCGCUGAAUUUCAAUAACAAAACGAAGGCAACAACAACUGCGGCAGCAUCGGCGAAUAAUCAGAAGAGCAACCACAACAACAACAACUCCAGUGCGAUCAAGAAGCACACGAACACGAAACUAGCUGGCAAGAGUCCCGCUUGCAACUCCUCCUCCUCGUCGCUUUCCUCGUCAAGCAGCUCCAACUCGAGCGAGUCCAAGGAUACGAAUUUCGAGUACGAGGACGAGUGGAACAUUGGCGGCAUACCAGAGCUGCUGGACGACUUGGACGCGGACAUCGAGAAGUCGGCGGCGCAUUCUUCGGGUGGUGGCAACCAGGCUACCGCGAUAAAUGCCAAGCAGGCAAACAGUAACUCCACAUCCUCCUCAUCAUCCUCAAAGAGCGGCGCUUCAUCCUCAGCAGCAGCAGCAGCGGCGGGAUCGUCAUCGUCGCACAAAUCGCACAAGACCACAUUGCACAGCAAUUUAUCGGCCACCUCGCCAACCACAAUUAAGUUCACACGUCAGCCGGUGGCCAGUGGUGGAGCUAACUCCUCCUCCUCCUCGUCAACAGCUGCGACGCCCAGUAGUGGCAGUGCGAACGUGGUGGCCAAGGGAUCAUCCUCUUCCUCGUCCUCCACAUCCUCCUCUUCCUCGGGGAAGCACCAUCACCAUCACCACCAUCACUCAAACUCGAGCGGCGGCGGCAGCAGCAGCAGUAGUAGUUCCAAGGGCUACAAGUCCGCUUUGGUGGCUCAACUGAACAGUCCGAGUCCACUGAACAGUAGCUCCAAAUCCCUGAGUGGAUCGGGGAGUGGAAACGGGAACGCAAACGGAGCAGCGGGAGCUGGGGCCGGCAGCACAUUGUCAUCGUCGACAUUUGCCGGUUUCUCAAAGGGCGGCAGCUUAGUGUCCUCAUCGGCAGGAGGAGCAGCAGCGGCAACAGCGGCUGUCAGUGGACAGCAGGGCUCCAAAUUCUCCGCUGGCGGCAUGUCCUCGCAAACGGGCAGCGGCAGCGGCGGCAACAACAACACAAGCAACAACAACAACAGCGGCAGCGGGAGCGGAAGCAGCGGCUCGGGCAGCAGCAGCAGCAGCGGGACAGGGAACAGCGGAAGCGGUAGCGGGAGCAACAACAACACAAACGCCGGUGGGCCGCCGAGUUCGCAAGGCGGCAACAGCGGAAGCGGUAGCGGUAACAGCUCCAGCUCCUCCAGUGGCAAAUCGAGCGCAAAGAUGUCCAUAGACCACCAGGCGACGCUCGACAAAGGACUCAAAAUGAAGAUCAAGCGCACCAAGCCGGGCACCAAGAGCUCGGAGGCCAAGCACGAGAUUGUGAAGGCCACCGACCAGCAACAGAACGGCGCCCUCGGCGGCGGAUCAAAUAACUCCGCGAACGAGGACGGCAGUUCCGGCUCCGGAUCCAGUUCCACCAAUGCGUCAUCCCUGGGCGGCAACAAUUCAUCGAGCAGCGCCAGCAGCGGCAGUUCCUCCAGUAGCGGCAGUUCGUCGGGCAGCAGCAAAAAGCACCUGAACAACGCCAGUUCCGGCAGUGGCUCCUCCUCGUCUGGCGGAGGUGGUCAGAACAAUGCCGGUGGUCAUGCCAGCGGAGGGGGAUCCUCCGGCGGCAGUCAGUCCACGCCGCAGGGCACCAAGCGCGGCAGUUCCGGGCAUCGACGCGAGAAGACCAAGGACAAGAACGCACAUUCCAAUCGCAUGUCCGUGGACAAGUCAGCGGCGGCGGCAUCGGCGGCCGGCGAGAAGGACACCCCGGAGAAGUGCUCGGGAUCGGGAGCUGGCGGUUCGCCUUGCGCGUGCAACGGAGAGGUGGGAGCUCCCUGCUCCCACCACGCCUGCAUCCGGCGAGCCGCACACAUGUCCAAUUCCGGCGGUGGCUCAAACUCAAGUGGCGGCGCUGGACAAACCGGUGGCUCCUCCUCCAUGUCGGCUGUGCCACCGGGCGUAUUCACUCCCUCGGCGGGCUCACCAUCGGCUGGAUCACCAUCGACGGUCCCCGCUGCAGCUUCCCUACUGGCGGCCAGCGGGCAAACCACCUCCUCCGCCUCCCAAAUGGCCAACAGUAACGCUGGGGGCGUCGGCGGAUCGGGAGGAGGUGCCAAUGCACCGGGACCUCCGGGCAAAGACUCGUCCGGUAGCAUCAAAAUCUCCUCGCACAUUGCCGCUCAACUGGCAGCGGCCGCCGCCUCGAACAGCUACAGCGGGAGUGGCGCCAACUCGAAUCAGGGCCAGAACAGCGCAUCCGGCGGCAACGGCGGAGCGGAGAGCAAGGCAGCGGCUGCGGCCCAGGCCAAGCUGAUGGCGCCCGGCAUGAUCUCAGCCACCAUGCACCAUACGAUCUCGGUGCCGGCGGGCAGCGCAGGAACCGGCGACGAGGACACCAAGUCGCCGCCCGCCAAGAGGGCCAAGCACGAGGCCGGAGCAAGUGGAGCUGGCGGCGGCAAGGAGAUGGUGGACAUCUGCAUCGGCACCUCGGUGGGCACCAUCACCGAACCGGACUGCCUGGGCCCCUGCGAACCGGGCACCUCUGUCACCCUCGAGGGGAUCGUGUGGCACGAGACCGAGGGCGGCGUUCUCGUGGUCAACGUGACGUGGCGGGGCAAGACCUACGUGGGCACCCUGCUCGACUGCACCCGACACGAUUGGGCUCCUCCAAGAUUCUGUGAUUCACCAACUGAAGAAUUAGAUUCUCGAACUCCAAAGGGACGCGGCAAGCGCGGACGCAGUGCAGGUCUCACGCCCGACCUGAGCAACUUCACCGAGACCAGAAGUUCGAUUUACUUCUCACACGCCCAGGUGCAUUCAAAGCUGCGCAAUGGUGCUACCAAGGGACGCGGGGCGACGCGCAGUGCCUCUGGCAACGCGGCGGCAAACAGCAACAGCAGCUCGUCGGGCAAUGGGGGCGGGGCCACGCCCAGCACCUCGCCGACAGCGUUCUUGCCACCGCGUCCGGAGAAACGCAAGUCGAAGGACGAGGCGCCCUCGCCACUCAAUGGCGAUGCGGCGGAUGGCGGUGCAACUGGUGGGGGCAUCGGUGGAGCCGGUGGAGUGAGCAUGGUGAACGCCAGCGGCAUCCCCAUCUCGGCCAGCGGCGGUGGCCUGGCCACGCAGCCGCAGAGCCUGCUCAACCCGGUCACCGGCCUCAAUGUGCAGAUCAGCACCAAGAAAUGUAAGACUGCCUCGCCCUGCGCGAUCUCCCCAGUGCUGCUCGAGUGUCCCGAGCAGGACUGCAGCAAGAAGUACAAGCACGCCAACGGACUGCGCUACCAUCAGUCGCAUGCCCACGGAGCGGGCGGCGGUGCCAGUUCCAUGGACGAGGACUCGAUGCAGGCACCCGAGGAGCCGGCCACGCCGCCCUCGCCGGGCGUGCCAUUACCAGGAGCAGGAGCCUCUGCAGGAUCAGCAGCAGCGGCACCAGCGCCAUCGGCAGGACAGGGAACCGUGGCAGUGCCUCCGAACACGCCCACCGCCAAUUCCAGCAACCCCGUCACCAAUGGCAAUGCUACACCCACGACUCCAGCUGUUGGACCGGCAUCUAUUGCUGCCCCCAGCACCCCAUCCUCGGUGACAGAGGCGACAUCUGCGACGGCCAUUCCUGCACCUCCAUCGGGCACUCCGCCAGCAACGAAUCCCAUCUGUGCGGUGGCAACACCGGGGUCUGAGCAAUCUGCAGCACCGGUAAUGCCGCUGGCAAGUCUUCCACUGACAGCAGGUCCGAAUGCGGCGACACAGCAGCAACAGCCACCCACACAGCAGCAGUUGCUGGCCCCCGGAAACAGUGCGCCAAGCAACCAACAACAGCAGCAGCAGCAACAGCAACCCGUGGCCGGAGGCAGCAUCACUGCUGGCAUCUCUGGACAGGCCUUGUCGCAGCACCAGCAACAGCUAAUGGGUGGACUGCCGGCCAUGUUGUCGGACCAACAGCAGCAGGCUUUGAUGCAGCAGGGAGCACUAAAAGCGGGAGUCCUGCGCUUUGGACCACCGGAUGGCAAUCCGCUGCAGCAACAGCAGCCAGGUCAGACUCCCAUCAAUCCGCAGACACAGCAGUCGCCUCCAAGGCCGCCGAGUCAUGUCCAGGAUUCGCCAUCAUCGUACGCCCAGCAGGCGGGUUUAAAGACCUCGCCUGGUUUUGGAUCCGUGGGCGUAAGUUCUGCUGGCAGCAAGCAGAAGAAGAACCGCAAGUCACCCGGACCCGGUGACUUUGAGGGACGUGUUUCGCGCGAGGAUGUGCAGAGUCCGGCCUACAGUGAUAUCUCCGAUGACUCCACACCGGUGGCCGAGCAGGAGCUGCUCGACAAGUCGGUCGGUGGCCAGGCGUCGGCUGCCAAGCACAUCGAGCUGAUGGGCAAGAAGCCACCGGAGGUGGGCGUUGGUGUGCCACCAGCCCCGGCACCCAACAUGUAUGUGCCGGGGAUGUACCAGUUCUACCCGGCCCAGCAGCAGGCACCUCCUCCGCAGCAGCAGCAGCAACCACAGCCGCAGUACUUGGUGCAGACGGAGCCAGGAAAGCCACCGGGUCUGCCGCCUGCCCUGACCCAAUCCCAACAGCAGCAGCAGAUGCAGCCAGGUGCUCCUCCGCCUACCUCACAGCCCCCGAGUCAUUUGCUCGGUCCACCUGGACAGCAGUCGGUGGCCGCCCACUUGGCGGAUUACAGUGGCAAGAACAAGGAUCCACCGCUGGAUCUGAUGACCAAACCGCAGCCACAGCCAGGACAGCAGCCGCCGCAACAGCAACAGCCGGGCCAGCAGCCGGGGCCGGAGAACAAUGGCAAGGAGGUGGUCGGACCGCCCACCUCGCAACCGGGAUCUCAGCCGCCGCCGGUGAACCUCAGUGCAGUGGCUGGACCGCCGCCAGGAGCACUGCCACCCGGUCUGGGUGGUCUCUCAGCGCUGGGAGCAGCCGGUCUAGGUGGACCUGGGCCGGGCAAAGGAAUGCCACACUUCUAUCCCUUCAACUUUAUUCCGCCUGCAUAUCCGUACAAUGUGGACCCCAACUUUGGCCCCGUUUCUAUUGUGGCGUCGGAGGAAGCUGCCAAGCUAGGCGGACAUCCGGGUUUGCCGCCUAGCUCUCAAGCGCAACAGCUGUCGGGCAUUAGUAUCAAGGAGGAGCGCCUCAAGGAGAGCCCCAGUCCUCACGACCAGCCCAAGCACAUGCCACCACAGCAGCAGAUGCUCGCCAACAAGCUGAUUAAGCAGGAGCCGAUGACCAAGCAGGAGAUCAAGCAGGAACCGAACUCCAACCCAGGCCAGCAGCAUCCGCCUCCGCAACAGCCACCGGCGCCGCAGCCCCAACAGCAGCAGGCACCGCCUCCGCAGCCACAACAGCCGCAUGCCCUGCAUCCCAAGGAUCUGCAGGCACUGGGCGCCUAUCCUGCCAUCUACCAGCGCCACUCCAUGAGUCUGGCCGCAGUGCAGCAGCAGGCGCGCGACGAAGAGCUGAGAAGGUACUACAUGUUCACGGGGCGACAGAACCAGGCGGCUGCAGCUGCUGCAGCGGCAGCUCAAAACGCAGCCAGCGGAGGCCUGCCGCCCCAUCCCGGCAUGAUGCACAAGGAUGAGCCCGGCAUUGGAACGGCGCAGCAACAGCAGCAGCAGCAACAACAGCAGCAGAUCCAAAUGGCCCAGCAACAGCAGCAGGCUAUCCAGCAGCAUCAUCAGCACCUGCAGCAACAACAUCAGCAACAGCAGCAGCAGCAGCAACAACACCAACAGCAGCAACAACAACAGCAGCAGCAACAACAGCAAAAGCUGAAACAGUCGCAGGCGGCAAGUGCGGCGGCGAACAACAAGGCCACCAACCUGACGAAGGAUUCGCCGAAACAGAAGAGCAGCGAUGACGAUCAGCCGCUAAAGGUGAAGCAGGAGGGCCAGAAGCCGACCAUGGAGACGCAGGGUCCGCCACCACCACCCACGUCACAGUACUUCCUCCACCCUUCGUACAUUUCCCCGACGCCCUUCGGAUUCGAUCCCAAUCAUCCGAUGUACCGCAACGUGUUGAUGUCUGCCGCCGGACCGUACAACACGGCACCGUAUCACCUGCCCAUCCCGCGCUACCACGCACCCGAAGAUCUCUCGCGCAACACGGGCACCAAGGCCCUGGACGCACUGCACCAUGCGGCCAGCCAGUACUACACCACCCACAAGAUCCACGAGCUCAGCGAACGGGCAUUGAAGUCGCCCACCAGCGGCAGCGGCCCCGUCAAGGUGAGCGUCAGCAGUCCCAGCAUCGGGCCGCCCCAACAGGGCGGACCCACGAGCAGCGGCCCCGGAUCCGGACCUGUUUCCGGUGUCCUCGGCCCCGGCAGCGGUCCCAACCAGCAGCCCGGCUCGGCACCUGGGUCUGCGGGCGGUGUGCCGCUGAAUCUACAGCCACCACCCGGAGGAAUGGGCCCGGCGCCCGGCAGCAAGCCGGAUCUCUCCGGCCCGAAAGGACAUGGCGGUGUUCCGCCCGGCUCGUCGUUAGACGGCCACAAGCAGUCGAUGCCCGGCGGUCCGCCGCCGAAUGGGCCACCGGGCAAUGGAGCCGUCGGCGGUGUGGGAGGCGCUGCGGGCAAUGGCGCGGCGGGAGGAGGCGGUGCAGGUGCCGCCGACUCGCGCAGUCCACCGCCACAGCGUCAUGUGCACACCCACCACCACACGCACGUCGGCCUCGGCUAUCCCAUGUAUCCGGCACCCUACGGAGCGGCUGUUUUGGCUAGCCAGCAGGCGGCUGCUGUAGCUGUGAUAAACCCGUUUCCGCCGGGUCCGUCGAAAUGAGAUCAACUGAACGGUAGCAACGAGAAGAAGGCGUAUAACGUGAAGAACAACUAGUGCGGAGGAGCGGAACGCGAUGGUGCCCCUCCAGCCUGCAUUUGCUAAUUUCCGAGAUCCCCAGGGACUGAGCGGUGGCUUUGGAAGACGGUGAAGGCGAAGGCUUUGUUUCCCAUCGGAUUCCAACCUCUUCCCGUCGAAGCCUGUGGCAGUCAUGCAGUCGCUGCCUCGAAGAGUCCCUUUGAUGCUGAUGCAUCGGCGGUCGAGGAAUCGAGAGAGGAGCACAGAUUCGACUAUUUAUAUGAAUAAGUAUUUUUUGAUGUUUCGUUCAACGUGGUUAACUAUAACUAGCAUAAGGUAUCACUACUAUUACCACAUACAACCUAUACAUAUAUAAAUAUAUAUAGCAUAACUACAUAUAGCGACUUUUUCCUAAGUGUAUUUGCAUCUGCAUAUAGAUAUCUAUAUAUUUAUAUUUAUAUCAUACGAGAGAGGCGUAAACCGAACAUGAACAAACAACAAACAAAAGCGAUAACAUGAAACAUACAAAAACUAAAUUAAACAAACCCAAUGCUGUAGUGUGUUGAUUUCUUUGUAAAAAUAAACAUUAAACGAAAAAGAAACGAAAUUAAGAAAUACAAAUGUAUGGAUAUUGUUUACCUAAUUGAUUCUAAAUGAUUAAAUUAUGAAAGUAGGACGUACAAGUUUAGCAUUUAGUGUGUGUAUUAAUUAUCCUUAUCUGUGUUGCGGAUGGAGCUGCGCGGGAUUUGCAUCUAAAAGACAAAUGGGGCGCGCCGCCCAUUCAAUUCUUAUAAAUAUAUAUAUAUAUAUUAUGUGUAUCUAAAUCUAUAUCUAUGUGUGUACUACUCGUAUCCGUAGUUUCUAUGUUAUAAGUUCUCCGUGAAUGACUACGAUGAAUUUUUCGGCCAGCAGCCGCACACUAAUUUAAAUUGUUUCUAAGCAUCAAUUUGUACUUUAAAUAUUUAUACGCAUAUGCAUACAUAUAUGAUAUGAUACGGAGGGCGAGAUAUAUGUGUAAUUAAAUGAUUAUCUAUGUGAAUGUGGGUGUGUAGUAGUUCACUAGCCGCUUCAUAAACUCUACACGCGUGAUUUAUGGCACUUAAUGUUCUUUAGUCUAAGCCCCCCAAAAACAAUUACAAAUCCUGUGCCCCAAACUCCGAAAUCCUUUCCCCAAAUCACACAUCAAUUCUUUAGAAUUUAUAAAUAAAACAAGUAUUGAUUGUAAAUAUACCUUAAA